UACUGUGUGUCAGGCACAACGAGAUACAUGAUUAUGUUAUAAACCCUUAUUUACGAGCCGAACACGGAGAUCUGAAGCAGGGGUCAAUAAAAUUUGGAGAAUACCUUAAAUAUGUACGCAUCUAUUUGUUUUUUAGCCUUAUCCAGUGUCAUCCAUGCAGAGCCAGAAAGGGUGAUACUAGAAUAUGAACUGGGAGACAAUUUACAAUAUCCAUUAUACUGCAAAGUGGGUGAUAUUAACAAGAGCUCAUGGAAACGAAGUGAUGUACCGAUAUCUGCCGGUGAAUAUGUUUUUGAUAACAAAAAAUAUUCACUCGAUGAUAAGAGUCCGCCAGAAUAUAAUCUAAAGUUGAAGAAGAGCUUGUUGAAGAACGAUGCAGGAAAAUAUUCAUGCACAGAGGGGAGUAAAGAAAUCAAAAUCUAUAUCCUGAUAGCGAAAGAGUCGGCAUCAAUUCCGAAACACAGUGAGUCUUCCAUAUACAGCAUGUUAGGCGAUACAGUUAAUCUUUGGUGUAAUGCCACCGGGUAUCCAGAACCUACAGUCACCUGGUAUGCAUACCAGCAAACAGGGUCUGGGGAAAAGCUUGAAAGUAUAGGAAUCAGUGGAAACAUGCUUGGUAUACGUAAUAUAUCCCAAAGCUGUAACACUAUAUAUCAGUGUCAGGCAAUCAACAGUUACAGAAUGAAGAAACCCGUGGUGAAGAACAUCACACUCAGAGUUGAUUUUAUUCCUGACGUCUCUGUGGGUAUCAAAUUAAACGGUAAAGAAAUCUUAAAUGGUGGUUCCGUUCUGGGGAGAAAAAAAGACAGAGUGGUCCUGUCCUGUUCGAUAUAUGCCGUCCCUCCACCCAAUGUGACGUGGUCCAGGGAUAACGUAACAAUAGGAACAUACCACCAUGUGAACGGUGCAAUUGAAAAAUCCAGUAAUACUGAUCAUUUCUUGUACGAAUUAAAAACGAAGGCGUUAGAGACCAAAAUAGGGAUUACUGUUACGCUGGACUUUACGUUGGAUGCUGAUUACACCUUUGCCAGUUACCACUGUGACGCAGAGAAUGAAGUAGGAUCUAACAGGAAAACUGUGAAAAUUAAACAUGUUCAGAAGCGUUGAUAUAUAUACCACGAGCUCUUAAACAUAGCUUAAAUGAAACAGUGCUAAAAAGGAAUACAUGUUGAUAAUAUAACAAGAAAAAUAAAAGAGUUUAGACGCGUUGACAUUCAAUUUGAGAGCAUUAUUGUUUUCUUAUAUUACGUACUGUUCAAAAUCGGAAAAAUUCUGUGCCGUCUGAACAUUGUUUGUGCUAUUAAUUCUAAUUGCCUGAAGGAUACUGAAAAUAGUCCUUGUUUGUGUUAUCGUGCAGAAGAGGCGUGCUUAUGCUGCCAAUGAGGUCGGUUUAAUCAUCAGGUCAUCAAAUGCUUAAAGAUUUUCUUGUAUUUAUUAAUUUUAACCCGACUAUUAACAGAGUGGUAGCUUAUGCAAUAUGCAUGUAUAUAACAUUAUUCUACUAUUCAAUAAAAAAUAUUUUUUUUGUAUUGUUGUAGUGGUAAAUUUACGAGAAUAUCAUUUAUUAUAACCGAGGUAUUUUUACUUAUUUCAAGGGGAAAAAAACAAAAUACAUGUAAUGAAGUUUAUUAAUAUCAAAAGAUAAAAGAUGUUUAUAAGCGUUCAAAAAUGUGAUACGUUUCAUUAUUAAACAAUUAUAAACUG